UAAGCGGUUGAUUUCUAGCGGUUCUUCCAAAACAAUUGAGACACAUUAGCAAUUAAAGAUGGAAAAAUUCGGUUAUCAUAUUCACAAUGAUCUUGCCCUUUCCAUUUUAUUGAAAUUGUCUCUUAAAUCUUUGAAACGAUUUAAUUGUGUAUGCAAAUCAUGGUCUCAAUUAUUUGAAAAUCCUAAUUUCAUGAGUAUGUAUUGGAGCAAUUUCAUCACUAGUAAUCACUCUUCUUAUCAGGAUGUUUUAUUUCUCCUCAUACCAAAAACAUACCGAAACAAGCAUCCCGGGUUAUACUCUCUUUCUGGAGAGAGGUACGAAAAUAAGGUCAAAUUAGAUUGGCCACCUCCAUUUCAAGAGAAUGAUAUAGCUAUUUGUAUAAUGGGUAAUGUUAUUAACGGCAUUGUUUGUCUCUACCAAGGUCAAACGCCUAAUGUUGUAUUAUGGAACCCAACCACCGAGGAAUUCAAGGUCAUUCCUCCCAGCCCUACUGAGACCCCCGUAAUUUACGAGGUUGGAUGUUUUGAAUAUAAUGGAUUUGGUUAUGACCUUGUUCGAGAUGACUAUAAUGUAAUUCGACACGUAUUAUAUCGAUUAGAUGUAUCUGAUACUGAUGAUAUGGAAGGUAAGCCAAACUAUGUGUCGCGUAAAAAUACUUGGGAGAUAUAUAGUCUAAGACGUAAUUCUUGGAAGAAACUUGAUUUGGAUUUGCCUCAAAUUCGUUCUAAUUGGGGAGAACUCUCUAUAUGCAUGAAUGGAAUGUGUCAUUGGGCCGAAGGAAGUGGAGAUGAAUCAUAUAUGGUUUCAUUUUACUUAAGCAAUGAGCUGUUAUGUAUAACACCUUUUCCCAUGGAUAUGAAUGAUAGUUUUGAUGAUUUUGUAAUCCCACACUUUAUGGUAUUAAAUGAGUCCAUUGCUUUGAUCUUAAAUUAUCUAGAGAUGGCUACUUUUCAUAUAUCAAUUUUGGGUGAAUUAGGUGUGAAGGAAUCGUGGACUAAACUUUACAUUAUUGGGCCUAUACCUUGCAUUGAGCAUCCUAUUGGAGAGGGGAAAAAUGGUGAUUUAUUCUUUAGAAGAAAAGAUGGUGAAAUAGUGUGGUUUAAUUACAAUACCCAAAAGAUUGAGGAACUUGGUCUUCAAGCGGAUGCAUAUACUCCUGAGAUUGUCAUUUACAAAGAAAGUCUUCUUCCUAUUGGACAAAUAUAUAAUUGAUUAGUUUAAUUUUAACCAUUUCACUCAAGAGUUUUAUGAUGGUGGUUAUUAAGAUCUUUUUAGGUAUAUCAUAAAAUUUAUUAAGUAUAUGAGAAAUUAAAAUCUGG